AUGGCUCUGUGUUCUAACCCAGAAACUAUGACAACAGUCGAAAGUGAACUGGAAAUCGUCAAGAAAACACUAAAUGAAAAAGUAGAGGGAUCAGAGUUAAUUUCAUGUCACCCUGUUGCUGUAAAUGUUAGAAUAACGUAAGUGAAACAAUGCAUACAUGUACGUUAUAUAAAGCUCAUCUACUUGGGAAUGCUUAGUUUCAUUGUUAAAUUCAGACUAAAAAUUUUAAAACACAUAAACUUCUAUGAAAAAAAAGGCCUUAUUCAAUUUACACAUUUGAUAGUCUGUCAAAGGGCUUUUUCCUAAAUAAUACUGUAGUUUAAGGCAGGCAUUUAACAAAUUCAGGAAAGAUAAUUUAUUUAUUUCCGGCCACUUUAUUCAGGCUGCUUUACUAUAAGAAACAUUUCUCAUGUUAAGUUUCAAAUGACUGUCUCUGAGGUCAGGUGGCUUAUUUUUUAAAUCCUAAAGGCUCAGUUUAAACGUCAAACUUUUCAUGUACCAAACGUUUUAUCCCUCGAUUCCGUGGUACAUGAAAAGAUUGACGUUUGAAUCAAUAAGGUGCAGCAUAUCUAAUUUGGGUCAGCCCAUGGAUUAAGUUUGAGUGGGUCACAAGGGAAUUUUGACAGUGGAUGACUUUGUUUCAAAUGGUCAUAUUGUGAACUUUUCAUGUGCCGAAUCUAAGGCAUAAAUUACCGUAUAUAAUUUCCCUUUUACUAGUAAGCAUUGUAGGCCAUUGUACGUCAUGAAAGUGAAUCAAGUUCGACAUGUGAAUCAACCAUCGAACUUAACUCAUUUGGGUCAACCCAAACAGGUAUUCUGUGUUUUCACUGUCAUGCCAUCAAAAAUAAAAAUGCAAACCAGUCAAUACAGAAAGUUAUCUGGGAAAUUAAAGAAGAUAGAUAUACAAAAAGUCUUGCCAAGAAUCAGGUCUGUGCAAUAUUCAUAUGCAAGAUAUUCAGAAAAAUGUUUUACCCAAACUUAUAAGGCUUUGUAUGGAGAUGCCAUGUUCAUGUCCCUUUGAGGGACACAAAUAUCGCUACCGGAAUCCAACAGACACAUCUGUUUUUUAGUUUUCCUUCUUAUGGGUGAAUUCAUCACUUGAGGAACUCAUAAAGAUUUUUAAAGUAAUAUUUAUUCUAAGACAAGGAAUGUUUACAUAGCAAAAUCUCAAAAAAUAAGUAAUGUUUUUAACCCGUAUAAGAGCUUUCUCGGCUGCCACCUACCGGUAUUAAAUGCUGUGUCAUGCAAAAGCCUGGAAAUUCAAGCAUCUUCUAUAGCAAAGUGAAGAACCCUUUCCGACCAAAAAUUUGUAUAAAUAAAGGUUUUUAGGUGCUGUAAUACCUCAUGAAAGUAGAAACUCAGAAGAAUCAAUAGUUGCUUAGUUUGAAUUUUGGUGACAUCAUUUGAAAACCCCUAAAGGCUAAUCAAGUUCUGUACAUGGGAAGUUCAACGGUUGUACUGGGCGUAACUCUUCUCUUUAUGUUCUUUAGGAGGACGAAAUUUAAGAGUGUUGUUGUGUUGCUUCAGUUUCCUGACAAGUAUCCCACAAGUGCUAUUAUUGUGGAGUUGAAAAGUAAAACCUUACCUCCUCGUCUUUUAGCCAAAAUGACCGAACUGUGUGACCAAGAAGUCAAAAAAUUCCUUGGUAAACCUCAGGUGGGUAGACCAGGAACAAAACAAAAAUUAUGCAUCAUUUUCUGCGAUUUAAAUUUUCUGUAUUCAUUUGGUAUUAAAAUUAAGCACCAAUAAAGUAUAGCAUAUAAUAUAAUUCAGCUUAUUACACUCAGCACAAAGACAAUAAAUUAAUGUGCUUUUAAACUGAAUCAUAUCUAAGCAUGGAUUUUUUAAAGAAUCUGACUUAGAGGCACUGUUACUUGUAAGUGUUAAGUUCUCAGAUGUGUCAUAGAUUGCAGCUGCACUAGAGUGAUGAUGUCACCAUGGGACUGUAGUGGGGUUAGCUUUGUUGAUAGAGUGCUGUUCUUUAGAAUGGAAGGUCCAGGAUUCGAUUCUUGGGGUUGAACCAAUACUUAAUGUUUUAAAAUAACUGAAUAAAAUGGUAUUGCAACUGCUUUAAGUAAACAAAUAGAUCUUUGCUAGGCACAGAUGACCAUGCUGUAAUGGCUCCCUUUGCAUCUCCAGUGGGGGAUGUAAAAAAAGUCUCCUCAUUCAGUACUUUGGGCAAGGAAAAGUGACACUUAAAGUCAAAUAAAGGUCACUUAAUAAUUAUUUAAAUUUAUGGUGGUUUUUUAUGGAACAAAAGAUUGUUGCUCUAUCUUACUCUGUCUUACAUUCAGAAAAUAUUAAAUGUUCCAUUUUUUACAAAAUAUUUCUUGUAAUUUACUCUAUAAUUUUAUUAUUGUUUGCCUUAAGGUCAUCCCCAUUUUGGUGUUUAUGCGCAGAUUUCUUGAUGAGAAUGCUUUGAUCGCAUGCUCAGAUGAAUUUCAGUAUAUUAAAUCAAGGCUACUAACAGAUGCAGAUCAACUUAAAGCUAAACAAAAAGCAGGAAUCCUUAGUAUUCGUGCCAACCAAGACAAGUAAGUACCUUUUCAUACCCAUAAAAAUUGUUUAGAUCACAUCUACAAGGAAAGUUCACCCCUUGCUCUGACAUCUUUGAAGUUUGGUAGACUAGUGUCCUCUGAGGGGACAGGGGUCAGAUAUAAAUGUUAUUUUACUCCUAGCAGAGCUAAAUGCAGUUAGAAAGAAACCAGGUGCAUAAAACCUGAGCCACAUACAGCAAAAACCCUAGCUUUUCCCUUUACCAUGUAACAUGUAAAAAUGUUUUGUUUCAGUAAGUAUUCAGCUACUGAACUACCAAUGACCAAAUAAAAAUAUUGUCCUGUAGAUAUUUUCUAGAUGUAAAGAUUACUGUACCAGAUGAUUACCAUGCCUCUGCAGUUAGGUGAGUGAAAACUGUUUGUUCAAUAAGGCACUUGAAUAUCAUAUACCGGUAAUUAUUACGUUUUUCUUUCCAUUUCAUUUAUCAAAUAAACGGACUCCAGGUGAAUGGCUAGGAUUAUCAGCUAAUGAAUUUUAGUGAAGGAAUCUAGAAAAUCUAGAAACAUUGUCAUCGCUUAUGCCAUAAAUUGGUUAUUUAUACGCUUUACCAAGUGAAAAUAGCCAUUGAAUACAGAUUUCAUGAUCAGAUUCCAGGGCUCGAAAUUAAUGCUCGCAAACUCGCAAGAUGCAAGUGAUUUUGAUAAUCUAUUCAUGAGUGAAAAAAAAGUGCAUUAGCAAACGUUUGCGAGUUAGAAUCAUCCAUGUCUCUCAAACAAAGGGAAAGAAUUUGCUAGUGGUCUCACCAGUUUGCUAGUGGAAAAAAAUCUUAAUAGCAAAACUUUGCAAGUGCACUAAAAAGCUAACUUCAAGCCCUGGAUUCUUUUCAGAGUUACAUCAUCAAAUGGAAUUUUUGAGCCCAAAGUGAAGGCAUCUCUCUUGCAAAUUAUCCCCAUUGACGGGGAUUGAUAAGAAGUUUCUGUAUUUUCAAGCUUUUAACAGGACAAUAAGCUUAGCUAUGUCUCGACCUGACAGUGUUACUAUUAUCACCUGACUGAAGUCAAGAUAUAAACUGAAGGAAGUAAAGAACUCAAGGUUGUUUUCUUCUACAGGAUAGAGCUGAAGGAAUCAAACUUUCCAGAUAACUUGACACGAGUGUUUAUUGGUCAAGCCGUUGACUUAGCAAGGCAAUGUGUUGAGGCACCCUUACGGCGUAAACCAAAGUUUGUGAUUAAUAAAAAUAUACUAAUUACACGGCUGUCACUGAGAGGCGAGGGCUGGGUUUUCCCCCGGUUACUAUGAAUAUGGCCCCCGGCUACUUUCAAAGGAAAGUAGAAGAAAAAUAGAACCAAAAAACACCCCUAGCUAUUUGAUUUCUCCGCCUACUUGUUAUAUUUACCUGGCAACUUGAAAUCUUUGUGACAACCCUGAAUAAUAAGAAGAACAGUCUAGUAUUUACCAUUGGCCAUGGACGUGCAGUGAUAAAACAAAUCCUAAAGUCUAACAGGACAACGGAAAAUAAUUCCAGCAAGCACAAACCAGAACAUGUUGCCACUUAUAAGCGUGUCCAAUAUAAUUAAUUGAACUCUGGAAUACCAAGAUUACAGGGCUUCUGAUAUUUCGCGGAAAAAAAAGCAAAAUUUCGCGGGAUUUUCAGGGGCAAAUUCGCGGAAAAAUCGGCCGAUUUCGCGGGAUUUUCGCGGGAAAAAAGUCAAAAUUCGCGGAACAAUCGGCCGAUUUCAGGCGAUUUUCGCAGGAGAAAAGUCAAAAUUCGCAGGAAAAUCGGCCCAUUUCGAGGGAUUUUAGCGGAAAAGAGUCAAUUUUCGAAGGAUUUUCGGGGGCAAAUAAUUUCCUAAGAAUUUCUUAGGAAAAUCGGCCGAUUUCACGAGAAAUUUCGGGGGGAAACUUCGCCAAGAAACAAUCAACAAAAAACAGCCAAUUUCGCUGGGUUUUUUUUGGCAAAUUUCGCUAUAAUCGAUCAAUUUUGCGUCGAUAUGACCGGCGCUGGUGAACGUUUUUUUUUAACACGGAUAAUCAUUUGCUCUUUCAACAACAGUUCGCUCGAGAAAUAAGCGCAUGUUAAAGCUAUCAACAUUAUGGUUAGUGCCCAGUUUUUCGCAACGUUCAUCUAAAAACGCCUGGUAGUUUUGGGACGUUGUUUACUCGUUGCAGUGAUGACGUUUCAAGCUAAAUUUGGACGUUUGGGGUGAAUAAAACCGGUCUAAUAGCCAAGAUAAGUAUUAAAUAUGUUUUGCCGACAUGUAUUUGGAAAUAUUUCUGACGGAUUUCGCGGUAUUUCGCGGUAUUUCGCGGUUUUUUGGGAAAUUCGCGGGAUUUCGCGGAAAUACCUGAAUUUCGCGGGUCCGCGACCGCGCGAAAUAUCAGAAGCCCUGCAAGAAGAAGAAGACAGUAAAGUCCAUGUGAAUUUUUAAUCCACUUUUUACAGCAUAAGAAGAGUGGACAAUAAUUGCUUGCAGGAUCAGUAGUUACAAUCCAAAUUCAUAUGUGAUUUAAUUCAUACUUCUUCAUUUGCUCAUUUAUUUAUUGUGAGGGGAACACAUUCACCCACAACUAUCCUGCGGGCAGAGGUUUCUUUCUGGCAUGGCUUUUAGCUUUAUAAAUGGUUGGCAUCGCUUGUCAGUCACGGAGGGUGCGUAGGGGCGUAAAGAAACCAACUAUGCGACUAACAACGAUGUGAACGACUUUACGAAUGCUAAAAGGCCAUUCCAGAAAGAAACCUCUGCUCGCCGGGUAACCCACAACUGACCUGCUCCAAACGUCAAUGGCUUUAUAACUCAGUUGGUUAAAGUGCUGCAUUGGUAACAUACAGUUCGUGGGUUUUGGUAGUUGUUUCUAAACUUGUUGGCACAAUUUCGAUGAUCAUUACUUCAUUUAAAAUCAUUUGUUGGUAAUUGACACAGAUUAGCUAGCAAAUCAGUAACAAUCAAAAGCAGUGAAAUUUAAGUCAGAAUCCAGGGUGUGAGCAUUAAUUUUUUUCUCCUCAGAGACCCGCCAUUUGAACCCAAGCCCUCUUUAAAGUUGGUUUGUGACUUCCUUGUCAAUCAGUGCGUCAGACAUUGCCCUCUACAGACAUGUCCAAUUUGUCAACAGAGAGCCUUGCCGGAUGAUCCAAAGGUAUUGUUUAAGAUUGUUUUGGAGGAGCUGUGUUCCGAAAUUUAUCAAAAUUCAAACAAUUCGAACAGCCACCAAAUUGAGUAAAGCUAAAAAUGAUAAAAAGAUGGUAUAAAUAACAUAACAAAUACAUAAGGAGAUGGUCAAACCUGAAGUAGGUUGAAAUGGAUUGAAAUUGUGGGUAUUGAAAACUUGUUAGCCUAACAGUUUUUCAAAGUUAAUUUUUGUUGUUCGUAAGGUUUGACAUAAUGCUUGGGAGACAUAUUCGCUUGACACGUUAGCUGGCAUUUUGCUAUUCAAAAGUAAUUUGUCAAGUUACAUAGCAAAUAAGGAUACACAAUUGGUAUUAUUAACAUAAUGAACUAGACAACCAUGGCUCAGCCCUUUUAAGCUCUUUUAGAUUGUCUUCCUGAGAGAUCAAGCAUGGCUAAGGACAAAUUUAAAAAGUGCCUUAUAGUUUUUUCUAAGAGGUUUUGUUUUUUAGCUCACACACCUACCCCCGAACCCCUAGCCUGCGGUGCAGCGGCCCACGUAUCCCAUAUAGUGUGGAUAUAAGGUUUAAAGUGGUUUACAAGGUUUAAAGUGUCUGCGCGCAGGCUACCGAACCCCUAGCCUGCGAACACAGAAGUAUUUUCGGUUGAUGUGGAGAGAAGCCAAGGGCACCCAACGACAAUUUUCGGAAGAAUAUCUGUUCGGAAGACGAUUUGAGAUCUAGAAUUUUCGAAACAUUUGUUGUAAAAUUUCUUGCUUGCCUGCCUCCCCUAGGAUUUUCGAACAUCCAAAAAAUGGUAUAUUUGCCUAUUUUUAACGGAUUUUUACCCUAAAAAGGUCACCUAGAAUUUUCGGAAACCUUUUUUCUGGCUGAAAUUUUCGAAAAGGUAAGCUUUGAUCCCUAUAAUUUUCGGAUCACUAGACUUUCGGCUAGGAAAUCCGAACAGAUGAAAAAUUUUUAGGGGAUAAAAAUGUGCCUAUAUCUACCGUUUAAAUACUAAAAUACGUUUAACAAUGCUAUGUUUAAGUGGUUUUGAACUAUAUUCUCGUUGGGUGCCCCUGAGAAGCUACGACCGGAAAUUCGUCUGUGUUCACAGGCUGCCGAACCCCCAGUUUGUUGUAGCCUGUGUAGCCGUCAUUUCCAUUUCCCUUAUAUUGAGCCAAGCGGGGCAAGCAUGACAGACGUGCAAGGGCUAAAAGGAGCAAAAAAAUAGGAGGGGGGCUGGGAAGUUUCCUUUCCUUCCCCGCCCCUCCUCCCGCUCCUUUUAUUUUCAGGGACCUUACGAUCCGACAACGGCGACGUCCAUGAAAAGGUCUUUGAAAAAUAGACUUCGCAGCCUUUUAAACUUUUUUCGCGAUUAUCCCAAUUCGCCUCGUUACUUAAAAGAAGGGAAUUUUGGUGUUGGAGCUGAAGAGAGGGGACUGCGCCCGAAUUCAGACAGAGAUUGUAAAUUUAUUGCCUUGUCGUUCCCGUUCUCAAGUAAACUUAAAAUUUGGUCAUUUCACGUCGUAGUUGUGCAGGGACAGGAAAGAAAUGUACAAAAAAGUGUGAUGCACGUGCAAAGUUGUUGUUUUACUCAUUAAACCUAUUGCUUUUUUGACAUGAUUCUCCAUGCCGUCGCCGUCCGUAAUUUCGUAAGUUCCCUUUCGUUACCAAGGCUGGCAUGUCUCGUUUGUCCUGCUUGGCUCGAAGGAAGCUGAAACGACUGCUACGCAGGCUAAGUUUGCUGACACAACAACACCGUUGUUUAACAUGCAUCUGAGUUGCUAUUGACAGUAUUCAAACAGUUGUUGUGUUAUUGAACUCUACAGGAAGCAGUUACAGAUCCAACAGACCUGAAAUAUGUUGAGCGUGUUUACUGCAAUCAUCUCUUUCACUAUGGAUGUCUUGAUAAAUACAUGAAAACCCCACCUUUUCAAGGUAUGAACCUUUAAGCUAGCCUGCCUAAUCAUUCCAAAUUCCUAAGUUAGAACUGGUUUCACUUUGUGUGACUGAACCAAAGUAGCUUGCGAAUACAGUCGCCAGGGACGUUUCUCGAUACGUCUGUUUGGUUGAAGAGCGGGGAGAAACAGCUCUAUUCGCAGGCCAGAGCCCAAGAGAAAAAACGUCUGUUGUUUUAGCGUUUGCAGGGGUCGUAUUUGGAGAUUCAAAUAAGACAUGAUAUUGGGUAGACUGCGAGCAAUCUCUUAUUUUUGUUUUGAGUCAAGAAAGACGACCACUCGCGGUCUACAUAUUGGGCAAAUCGAGAAACGAUAACGCAAAAGCGUGCUGAAAGGACUGGACACGACUUUCGGUGACCAUUUUGCCCCUCUGCCAUUGGUCAAUUCGGUGUUAAGCUGUGUGCGCCCCGUCGUCACUUUCGUCGAUGCAGUGGGGAAGAAGGUCUCCCUGCCAGUCAAAUCAACUUUAGUGUAUAUGAGAAUGAAGUUGACCCCAUUGCCCGAGUCAAGAGCUGACAAAUGCGCUCGGGCAUACUUCGAUAGUGUCGCCUCGACCGGCUGGCGAGUCAAACUGUUUACAUGCUGCUAGAAGGGUGAUGGAGAGGUUUCCUUUACCGGUCAUAUACCACAGGUCACGACAAAAAUAACAACAUAAUUAUAAGUAAUUUCCCCUCCACCAAAAACAACAUUUUGGAUAACGUUUAGGGCUAGGAGACACUUCUGGGCUUGUUUAUUUAUCUGUAGCGUGGUGACCUGUAUUCUGACCUGUGGAAUAUGAACUGUAAAAAAUACCUGCCGAAGGAUGACUCAGCUAAGCAGGUCACCCUUCAGGCCGAGCCAACUUUUUGUUUCUGAUGUAAACAGUUCUUCAAUUUUUGUUCAGCCUGCGUGGCCGGCGUUGAAAGGAGAAGGGGAAGCGGGAAUUUGGGGGCGCGCGAGGGAGAGUUUCUCCCUAGCGCGCCCCACACGCUCUCUCGCGCGCCCAAAUUCCCCCUUCCCCUUCCCCUUUCAACGCCGGCCACGCAGGAAGUUUUGUUAGGAAAUGUAGGAAAAAUUUGACUCACCCAGGUAGGCGAGUGAUCCUUCUACCCGGGACAAGACAAGUGUUCUCCAUAUAAAUAGGACCUAAUGAGACUAGAGCACAUUUCAUGGCUUUGGCUUCAGUAUAAGUUUGUUUUCUUUACUAACAAAAGGGGAUUUUGAACACUUAUGUUUUCCGUUUCCCAGGCGGAAAGAAAUGUCCGGCUUGUAAACAAAGGAUAUAUCAUGAGCGUUGGAAGAUUACGCCUAAACUCGCAGAGGAAAGAUGGGCACACCACGAGGCAAAGAAAAGAGAACUCUCAGAAGUUGUGGACUUUUUAGGAGACUGUCUUUGAUAUCAAUUAUUAUUCUCAAUAAUUAUUCAAGUUAAAAAUAAAGCAGUUGUUUUAACUGUACCCCACGCACAGCUGACGUGCUAGGAACUUAGUACCGUAUUUAUUCGAUUAACCGCCCUGGGCGCUUAUUAAAUUUUUGGACAUUGAGAAUGGGCGCUUAUUCGGGGUAGGCGCUUAUUCGAGGCUGGGC